AUGAAGGCUUUUUCUUUAUUGGUAUUAUUAUCCCUUCAAUGGCAGAAUUCGGUCGGUUUUGGGACGCACGCCCCCUUGCGUACACUCCCAGUGGCUCGCUUGGCCAACACGCGUUCCAUGUCGACCGCUGCGAUUUCCGACAGCAAUGACGAAACCGUGUUGAAACAGUUCGAAAAGAAAGAGCUGCAGCUACUGAAACGCAAACAAGAAGCCCUUGCCAAACUGGAAGAAUAUACCAAGACUUUAGAAAACCUGCAGUCGCAAAAAGCCGAAUACUUGGCUGCUGGCCAAGUAGCGGAUGCCUCCGCCGCCGGUUCAUUUUCGGAGACUGCCCUGCGCUCUGCAGUCAAAGCCUUUUUAUGGCGAAUCAUCGCCGGUUCUAUUACCUUCGCAACAACUCUGCAAUUUUCUGGAUCCGUAAAGACCGCGAUGCAGGUAGUGGCCGGUGAUUUCUUUUCCAAAGCCUUCACCAUGUUCAUUGGUGAGCGCCUCAUGAACAAGUCGCAGGCUGGACGGAAAAAAGGAGCCGACGAUGUCGGACGGUCCUUCGCUAAGGCUCUCAUUUGGCGGUUGUUUGCCAUUUGCAACACUUUGACGAUGGCUGUCUUUAUUUCCAAGGAUCUGAGCGUGGCGUCCAAGAUUGCCAGCACUGACGCCGUCUUUAAGACGGCCCUCAUGUUCUUUUACGAACGCGUCUGGGCGAAAGUAAAGUGGGGCAAAGACUAUUUGCUGGAAUUUUCUAUCUGAUAUGCCCCAAUCGAUUCCACGGUGAAAUGGGAAAGGUGGCUGGCUCGUAUGCAGGAGGCGGUUUUCUUGGACCUCAUU